AUGCCCACUUUGUGGAGUUGGAUGGCGAUGAACUUGUCAAAAAAUGUCUUCAAAGUAUUCUUCAUUGAGCAAGGCACAGACCGUACGUUUGGUCUCGCCAUGCUUCAUCGCCACUUUGAUCUCGAACCCGGUGGAAUGCUUGUUGAUUACGAGGGUACAUCUGUGCCUUGGAACGAGUCCCAUGUCUCCGAAAUGAACCCCCUUGAGCCCGCCAUCUGGGCAAUCUCGUCAGAUGGCGACAUCAAACCCACUGGGUUUUGUUUCUCGGCGGGCAAUGGCCUGACUAUGGGAGAGUAA